CUUGGGUUUCCAGGAUACCUAACCUUUGGGUGUGCUGCCUGGGGCUCUUGUGAGUUGAAGUCCAGAACAUCUGGAUAGCCAAUUGUUGAAGACCAUUGAUGCAGACUGCUGCGCAGAUAUGGUUCUAUUGAAUUAACCAAAGUCAGUAUGUAUCAUGCACUGAUGUACGCUACUAUUUUGGAAAUGCAAGCCAUGAUGACCUUUGACUCUCAAGAGAUACAGAAUGCUGGGAAAACAAUGAAAGAAGCUCAAGCUAUAUGUCAGAAGUUUCGGAAAAAAUCCACUGUAGCAGAUUCUUUCACCAACUUAGUGCAGAGACACAACCUUAACCGAUUAACUGAAGAGGAAAUUCAUGCAGAAAUUUGCUAUGCUGAAUGCUUGCUUCAGAGGGCCGCUCUUACAUUCCUCCAGGAUGAAAACAUGAUUAGCUUUGUCAAAGGCAGCAUCAAGAUCAGAAACAGUUAUCAAAUAUACAGAGAGCUGGACAGUCUGAUACAUUCUCCCAACUAUGUUAAAGGAGAAAACCAUGCACAUUUUGAAGGUGGUGUAAAGCUGGGAGUCGGAGCAUUUAAUCUGACAUUGUCCAUGCUACCAACAAGGAUUGUCCGUUUACUAGAGUUUGUUGGGUUUUCUGGAAAUAAGGAACAUGGUCUGCAGCAGAUUGAAGAAGGAGCAUCAAUGUGCAGCUUUAGGUCUGUGCUGUGUACUAUGCUACUGCUAUGCUAUCAUACCUUCCUGAUCUUUGUGCUAGGGACAGGAAAAGGAAAUGUUGACGAAGCAGAGAAACUUCUCAAACCUUACUUGACUCGAUAUCCAAAAGGAGCCAUAUUCCUGUUUUUUGCAGGGAGAAUAGAAGCAAUACGUGGCAAUAUAGAUGGAGCCAUCAGUAGGUUUGAGGAAUGCUGUGGAGCCCAGCAACAUUGGAAGCAGUUUCAUCACAUGUGCUAUUGGGAGCUGAUGUGGUGUUUCACAUAUAGACGUCAGUGGAUGAUGGCAUACUUCUAUGCAGAUCUGCUCAGCAAAGAGAAUACCUGGUCAAAGGCUACCUAUAUAUACAUGAAAGCAGCUUACCUCAGUAUGUUUGGGCCAGAGGAUUCUAAACCUUUUGGGGAUGAUGAAGUUGCACUAUUUAGGGCUGUACCUGGUUUGAAACUGAAAAUUGCAGGGAAGUCCUUGCCUACAGAAAAGUUUGCAAUCCGGAAAUCCCGGCGAUACAGUUCCUCAGAUCCUGUUCCACUUCCUGUGCCUGUUUUGGAAAUGAUGUAUAUCUGGAAUGGCUAUGCAGUGAUUGGAAAGUGUCCUGAACUAACUGAAGGUAUUUUGGACUCCUUAAUAGAUGCAGAAGCAGCUCUGGAAAAACACCCAGCCACAGAUAUGUUUGUCGAUGACGAAUGUGUCAUAAAGCUGCUAAAAGGUAUAUGCUUGAAAUACCUUGGCAAGAUUUCAGAAGCAGAGGACCAUUUUACUUACAUUCACUUCAAUGAAAAGAAGAUCAAGUAUGAUCAUUACUUAAUUCCAAAUGCCCUGCUUGAACUUGCUUUAUUAUAUCUGGACCAAGACAAAAACGAAGAAGCUAUAAAGAUUUUGGAGAGAGCAAAGCAAAAUUACAAGAAUUAUUCUAUGGAAACAAGAACACACUUCAGAAUUCAAGCUGCUUUGCACCAAGCCAAAUCCUCCCCAGAAAAUGGUGUUCAUUCAGUAGAAACUGUAGUUUUAUAAUGUUGGUUUUUAAAAAGUGAUCUUGUUUUACACUGAGUUCUUCACAAGAAGACCUUACUGUAAUACUAUGAGAUGUUUUUCAUUUGUUACAUUUAGCACUAUAUAUGUUUAAUUUUACAAUAUGGAGGAAUUAUCACUAAAAAUCAUUACUUCUGUCCCUUAGGUUAUAUCUCAGAGCUUGGCUUUAAUUUGUAAUUUUUUUUUGUUAAACUGUACAUACCUGUUUGAGCCAAGAUCCUCUUGAAUUCCUCCACCAGUGUGAUCAUGCCAGCAGAGAUAGAGGUGAUAGAUGUGGCAGCCAGAAUCUAAGGAUCAUGAGUGAAGCUGCAGUGAGGGAAGGAGGGAGAUAUAACUGAGAACAGGAAGAGAAGACCAUUGGCUUCCAGUCUAUUCUUUCCAUGCAUAGUUUCAGGGGGUAGGGGCAAGGUCCUUGGAGACAAAGUGCUCUGGGGGCCAUGUCCUGGACAGUUGUCUGUCCCGUGGCACUGGUGAUAGUCAAGCCAACCUUCUCAGAACACCAUAAUCUCAAGGACCUCACCCAGAAAGCUGUACACUGGAGGAAUAGUCAGCUCAAUGCCAGAAGCCUUCUUAUCUUGCUCUUUCCAUGAGUGUGGAGACAAUAGCCUAAAUGCUGUUGUUACACCUAGCUAGAGUAAAUCCAUUGAAUCACUGUGUAUUUCCUAUGUGUUGACUCUCCCUUCAAUAACAGAUGCUAGUUAUCACUAACUUAACUGCUGCUGUAGCAAUUAGUGUAAUGGACUGUUAUAGUAGUAUAAUAUAUCCACAGGAUUCCAUCCUAAAUUAGCAAAGACUAGUAAUUGUACCAGAUCAGUUUUGGUUGUGAAUGUCAACUGUAUGUUUAAAAAGAUGAUGAGACUUUUUUUUUAGUCUUUCAAGUUUGGCAUUCAUCUUUCUGAUAAUGAAGGACCAAAUUACAGUACAUCCUUUAGUUUUUAAAAAUAUCACAAUGUAGUAUUGUUUGAAAUCAGGAGUGGGCAAAGUGGAGCCACAUGCAAUCCUACAAGGCUGUAUUUGCAGCUUUGGAUCCCUUCAAAUGCCCUAGAAGCCUCAGUAAGCAGUGACAUCACUUUUAAAUAGGUUGCAAGGACCUUCUGCUUUAUUUAAUAUUUUAAAAAGUUUUCAAAGCCAGAAAUAGACUUCCAGCCAUAUCUGUCUCUCCCUUCUCCCUUUUUGGUCAUUAUGUUAGUCCAUAUCUGCAGGUAUUUUCUGUUUCUCUCUUCUGCCAGAUUUCUGUUAAUACUGAAGAGGCUAACAAAAUACUCAAAACAGUAAUGCCUUUAGUCAGACAAUCAAAAUGCACAAAAGACAUGAUACAAGCUUUCACAGCUUCACUGGCUUCUUCAUCAGGCAAAGGUAUUAAAAAUCAUACAGGAAGAAAAAAUGACAUUGGUCACAGUUUUGUCAAGGUGUUGUUGCUGAGUUGUUCUGUGUUGAGAUGUUGUGGAGGGAUAUCUAUUCAGGCAGGGCCCUCCCCCUUUUGGCCAUGUGGCGCUGGGGUCCAGGAGAUAAAAUUCUCUUAGCAAUACAAAAAAGUACUUCCUCUGAGAUCCAAGGUGUCUCUGUUCUUCGAGGUCACAGCCACCUUUAUUAGGCAGAGAACAUUGAAUCUCUCAAGACAGGCCUCCAUGCUUUUGUAUUAGGAAAAUGUUAGGUGCUUAUAUGGUAAAAUAUGUCCAAUGUAGUCCCUGUUUUUUGGGGGAAAUGUUUUAUCUUUGUUGGAGGUAGAAAUGCAAAUAGUAAAGUUCCAGUCCAUUCCCUCUUUAGGUUCCCAUGUACCAGAUAAAAUGCAGUAUCUUCACAUUCAGGAAACAUAUUCAAGGGUAGCCAUGUUAGCCAUAUUGCAAAGUACAAUCAAAUCCAAAAUCCACAAAACAGUGAUAUCUUUAUGUGACCAACCAAAAUAUACAAUAUGUGAAGAUACCACACUUUUUCUCCUGGCCUCUGGGAUGCUUUAUUCCUAGUGCCACACUGCAAGAAGGAAGAGAGGCCUGCUUGCAUAGAUCUCUCCACACCAUCUCAACACAGAACCACACCAACAACAUCUUGACAAAAUGCAUUGACUAACAUCAUCAUAUUUUUU